AUGUCGAGUUUUACCGCUAUCAACCACCCGGGUGUCGUGGACCCAGCUGCGAAAGGGGACGAUAUCGAGGCUACUACUGCAAGCGACGUGCCUGAUAUCAAAGCAGAAGAAAAUGAAGAGGAGAAUAUGGCACAGCCGGAACCAAAGGGCAAGAAGGCAAAAGAAACCAAAGUCCCUACUACCCCACGCAAGCGUGGUCGCAAGCCUGCAGUUAAAAAGGAAGCAUCUGCCAUCAAAACCGAGAAUAGCGAUGACGACACCAAGGAACACCUUGACGAGGAUAGUCCUCAAAAGAAAGCAAAGUCGACGCCUGGUAAAAAGGGUCGUCCAAUCCCGACAUCCUACGACGCGGCUUGUGAAGAAGAUAAGAUGCUUCUUCGCCUUAAAGACCAGGAGAACAAGACCUGGGCUGAAAUCGCAAGUGCCUGGAAAGAAAUGACAGGUGAAGCGGCCAAAGGUACCACUCUUUCAACCCGCUAUAUGCGCAUCAAGGCAAAUUUUAUUGUGCUCUCCAAGGAGGAUGAGGCCGCCCUGCUCAAAGUCAAGAAGGAGAUUGAGGAUAAAUUCGAGAGUGAAAAAUGGCAGCGCCUGGCAGAAGCCCUGGAGCAGGCUAGCGGAAAGAAGUUCCCGCCUCUUACUUUGCAAAAGAAGUUCAAAGAAUUGGACAAGAAAGGAGUCAGUGAUGAGAUCUUCUAG